GGCUCCGCCCCAUCUCACUAUCGAUCAUGUGACAGCUGCUGCUGCUGCUUCCUCUCCGUUUGCUGCUUUUUUAACUGAAUCAAACUUCGUUUAAAGAAAAAGAAAGUUUGUUUUUUGAUUAAAAAAAAGACACCAUCAUGGCGGAAAUGAGUUUUGUCAUCGCCAUGUCGGUAGUAACUCUGUUUUGGGCCAUAGUUGGAGGUGUCGUUCCGGUGUUUAUUCCCAAAGGACCAAACCGAGGAGUGAUUAUUACAAUGCUGGUGUUGACUGCAGUCUGCUGCUACCUGUUCUGGUUAAUAGCCAUUCUAGCCCAACUCAACCCACUGGCUGGACCUGCUCUGUCGUCAGACAUCAUCUGGUACCUGAGAUAUCACUGGCCUUAAAUGAGCAUACGUCAUACAGGAGAGAAGCACCGGUGCUGAGACGUAUGAACGGCGUCUUCUGUUUUUGUCAGAGAUGAUUCCACCACAAAUGCCUUAAAAUCAGCUCCUGUGUUCCGUGUGACGCCAACUGCAGUGCCUUGUACAAAGACGAUUGCCAAAGGAGCUGCAGGAGUUGACGUGCCUCACCGAAGCUGCAGCAAACUUCACUUCCUGUUCCUGUUCUUAUGCCAUGUUUAAUGUUGUUGUUGUUAACAAUCCCUUUCCACAAAAAUAUAUAUGUUGUACAGUGUCUUUGUUCUGACCCUGCAGUCUGUUUAUAUUUCUGAUGAAUGUCAUGUGAUUGAUGUGAAAAUAAUAAUUCAAAAUAAAUAAAUAAAACGUCAAUCUGUCA